AGGCAAGCAUAAAUUCAGAAAGAAGUGUAGCAGGGUGGUCUGCGUGCCUUUGGGAAUUAUUGAGUGCAUGAGUCUGCCACUUUAUACAUAGGAGCUGGGCGUCAUUUACACAUAAUAACGAACUAGGGACUCUAUUUGAAGGUCCUCUGUCAAUUUUAAAUGAUUGUUUCAAUUUGUGGUUAUCGCAAUGAGUGCGACCGUUGCUUCAGAGAGCUGCUUUCUGUCUGCCCUACAGCCCAUCACCGCGGUCACCACUUAUGCAGUCCCGUCCGAUGUGCAGUUGGGACCGAGGUGUUCCAUAAUGGACGAGGUGGAAAGGGCUAAGAGGGUUCAACAACAAGUCAAUUUGCGCCUCGCCGAAAAGAAGUAUUCUACCCUCACACGGCUGAACGGCUCGAACUGCAUUUCCCCAGACCAUGGUGGCACAAUGAGAUUUAACACGUACCACCCCGGAUUCAGAUCUAAGUCAAUGGUGUAUAACACAGGGAGCUGGACCAUGAAGAUGUCCCCGGUAUCAAAGCAGUACUUGGGAGGUGGGUACUCGUCUCGCUCAGCGGUGGAGUUAGGACCCAGAUAUAGAAUCAGCCAGCCUCCAGUCAACAUUGGCUACCUCCACCAUGACGACAUCCAGCUGGGUGGCUACCAGACCAGCCGGACGAGGACCGCCAGGUCCAGAUCAGUUUGUCAGGCUGACCAAGAGGUGAUGGUCCAAGGUGUAGGAGGCCUGCUCACCCUGCCCCACCAGCAGCCCAACCCAGUGACGAUGAGGCGCACCCUCAGUGGAACCCUGGCGGGAGAUGGUAGCGGUGGGUGGAGAGAGGCGGAGCUAGUUUACCAGCCCUCCUACAGAGGCCCCGCCCACCGUACCAUUAGUCGCAUCAACAACAGACAACAGCAGCAGCAACAAUUGAGCUCAGCGUCUGGGCUGCAACAGUGGCAGCAGGUGUCUGGCGGGGGCAGUGGCAGUGUGUACGGAGGCUGGGGGCAGUACCAGAACUCCCUGCCCCGACUGGCCUCCUUUCACAGCAUAAAGAGUGUGGAGAAAGGCAUGGACGUGCCUGAUGGAGGCAGCGAUUCAGCUGACAGCAAUCAGAAACUCAGAGGAAUGCACAGUUUAGACAUACCCACCGCGGUCAACUAUCUCUUCAUGUCCGACACAGACAUGCAGGUGCUGGGAGCAGCCUACAUCCAGCACCAAUGUUACCAUAGCAGUGAUGCCAAGAACCAGGUGCGUCUGCUGAAGGGUGUCCCAGCCCUGGUGCAGCUCUUCAGCAGUGACAGCCAGAAGGUCCAGUGCUACGCUACAGGCGCUACACACAACCUCAUCUAUGAGAACAUGGACAACAAGGCGGCCCUCAUUGAGGCCGAGGGAAUAACCAAGCUCAUCAGUGUCCUAAACGAACCAGAUGAGGAGCUUCGCAAGAACAUCACUGGUAUUCUGUUUAACAUGUCCUCUAAGGAGAGUCUGAAGGAGAAGUUGGCCAGAGAGACAUUGAGUGAGCUCACAGAGAGGGUGCUGGUGCCCCUGUGCAGUGGUGGAGAUUCAGAGCUGAUCCGUCAGAGUCCAUCUGAGGCAGACAUCUUCUACAACACCUCAGGCUGCCUGAGGAACCUGAGCUCAGUGAAUGAGAGGACGAGGCAGCAGAUGAGAGACACGCGAGGGCUGGUGGACUCGCUGGUGGCCUACAUCCAGAACUCCCUUCAGGAUGAGAAAUCAGAGGACAAAGGUGUAGAGAAUGCAGUGUGUGUCCUGAGGAACCUGUCUUAUCAGCUGUACAGUGAGAUACCUCCCUCAACCCUACUGCGACUGGAGGGGCCUACGUGGGCCAGAGACACUACUGGGACUGAGUCCAUUGGCUGUUUCACCCCACAGAGCAAGAAGGCAAAAGAGCGAUGGAACCAGGAACUGUCCACCUCAGAGGUGGCUAAGCAGCCGAAGGGGGCGGAGUGGCUGUGGCACCCCCAGCUGGUGGGGCUGUAUAACCGCGUGCUUCAGCACUAUGAGGCCAACACGGCAACACGAGAGGCUGCAGCAGGGGCCCUGCAGAACAUCACAGCCAGAGAGACCAGGUGGGCGUCAGUGCUGAGUUGGGUGGCUUUAGAGCAGGAGCGGAUGCUGCCUGUGGUGCUGGACCUCCUGCAGACACAAAGCGACCAGGAGAUGUGUUCCCUCACUGGCCUCCUGAGGAACCUGUCCCGACACAGAAACAAGAACGACAUGACUACGAAGGUAGUGAACGUUCUGGUGACCAAGCUCCCCAGUGAUGGCCACCAGAAGGAACCUUCAGGUGAAGUGGUGGUCAACAUAUGUGGGAUCCUCAACAACCUGGUUGCAGGCAGCUCACUAGCAGCGAGAGACAUCACCUUCUUUGAUGGACUCCCCAAACUUGUUGCAAUCAAGUCUUCCCACAAUAGCAGCUCAGGGAAGCGGAAGGCUGCCAAGGCUGCUUCCACGGUACUCUUCAACAUGUUCCAGUACAACAAGCUGCAUAAAGAUUAUAAACAGAAAGGGUUCACGAAGUGUGACUUCACCGACACGGCCAUUUAGAACAGACGGCUUGGCCCGUUGACUGGAUUCAUAUUCUGGACCUGUUGGUAGAGCCAGCAGCAGGACCCCCACAAUGAACCUGACACCUCUGGUCUCAAAUGAUGCAUUGAUGGAACCUGAAUUAUUCUGAAUGUAUUUACCGGCCGCCAUGGACUGAGGAGAAGCAGCUUUUCUUUACUCAAUAUUUUUUUUAAAUUAUCACAUUUUAUUGGUCUUUCAAAAUGGACUGCUUUACCAGCUUAAUAUUUGUAUUGCCAUGAGAGUGUGUUGGAUGACUGAGGAAUCUUCACUUCAGGACGGUGUGUGUGCGUGGUGCAUGCCUGUGUGCAUGCAUAUGUGUGAAUGUUUGCUUAGUGGACUCAUCCCGUAAAAGGCAUUGGAUGCCUCUUUUCAUCUCUGGUACCAUAUGGGCUCAACCUGCCAUUCCUACAGACAUACUGUGAAUACAACCCUCUAGAUGUUAUUAGUUCUACAGUACAUGGAUGCUUCACUAAAAGACAAGAUACAGGAUGGGUGCCCUCCAAACUCCCAUUUGACCUAAUAAUCACCAGAGCAUUUUAAAGAGCCCCUGCUUUUAAUCACCCCAGUCUCCACUUCAUGGUGAAACAAUGUUUUCCGGUUCCAUCCAAGGAGCCUCUUCUGUGUUUAUUUCCACCCCAAAUAACUAACAAUAAACAGCAUCUGACAUGACCAGACAGUUGUUCCCAGUGUAUCCUUUUCGAAUUAAAAUAAAAUUAUCUUACCCUUC